CAGGAACUGCUGAAGACGAUUAUUCAGAAGUACAAUAGACCUCCCAACAUCCUGGUGAACUGUGCUGGAAUUGUGGGAUUUGUGCCUACCCUUAAAGAAAACUCCAGAGACCUUCAGGAAAGCGCUUGAAGUUAACCUUAUGGGUGUCUUUUUCACAUCUCAGGCCGUGUGCAAGGAACUCAUAGAGGCUAAUCUGCCGGGAUCUAUUGUCAAUGUGUCUUCCACAUCCGUUCUACGAGGUAUAGAGGGGUUGAGUGCCUACACAGCCUCCAAGGCAGGGGUUGAUGGUAUCACCAAGUGUAUGGCCAAGGAUAUGAGUGAGCACAAUAUCCGGGUGAACAAUGUUCAGCCAGGCGGUAUAGCUACUGAGAUGGCCUCCAAGCUGGGCAAGUCGAUGAAUUCUGCGGUAUCCUGGAUAUCACAACUGGCCACAAAACGGCUUGGACAACCUCAAGAGGUUGCUGAGAUUAUCACGUUUCUAGCCUCUAACCGUGCCUCCUACAUCAAUGGAGCGCUCAUUCCAGUAUCUGGAGGAUAUUGAGGUUGAUUAGCCUUUAUUUAUUUAUAAAGAACUAAAUUGAUCUGAAACAAACUGUAACUUCUUCAUUUGAUCAUCUAUCGACGUGAAAUAAAUGGAAUGUCUUGUCAAAAAAUAGAAAAUAUAGAUUUAAGGAAAGAAAUACACUUUUUUAAAUACCAAA